CAAGCAACCAACCAAAGACAAACCGUUUCAGUCUGAGUGGUCACUUCGUGGGGAGUGAGGUGUUUAGUUCUGAGUUCAAGCUGUGCUUCUAUGGUGAGAAUGAGUGCUGGUUGGUCAAUUGAGAGUGCAGGCUGUGUCACUUGGUGGGGGUUUGGACCGGCAAGAGAUCUUUUCAGCACAGGAGUGCCGAGGCCACAGGGGGAACUGAAUGUGUUGUUGGUGGGCAGUGGAGACCCAAGACACAUCCUAAAGACCAUUGCAGGCCUAAAAGACACUGACAAGCUUCAUGUUUGGGUGAUUGAAAACAGUAUGGAAGUUGUUGCUAGACAACUGUUGCUGCUCUAUAUAUCUCUGACUAAUCCAAAGAUCAUGGGACUGCAAGAAAAGACAGAGUUUUUUCUUGAGCAGUUCGGGAACAGUGAGAUUCGCCAUCAGACAGAAGAAACACUAAAAUCCAUCGCGGCUCAACUGUCUCUUUCUGUUACUGAUACGCUCAGCACUGACACUCACACCCACCCCUGCCUGGAUACUAGUUUCCUUAAGUUUAAAGAGCGGGACGAGCUGGCUCGGAUAUUCAAGCUGUGGCAAUGCCCACCCUCCACUCCAGUCAGUGUGCAAAAGGCAUGGGGUGCUCGUGUCAGGCAACACCUGGGCACACGCUAUGAUGCCCGCAAGGGUUGCUUUGACUGGGACCUUACUAUGAAACUGCAUGACAGAGGGUGCAGUGUCAUACACAAACUCCAGUAUGCCAAAUGGAGGGAGACAGGUGUGGCCUUUGAAUUAAGGGAGGGGCUAUAUCAGAUAGCCAAUCAGACUCUACUGUCCACACGUGUGUUUCGUCAUAGAGGAGACAGGGUGGGUGUCCGAGGCUACUGGGGAGACAUUGUCUCGAGUCCCUACCUGUCCUUUGGUAUAGAAACAGAGAACAAAGACCUUCUGAAGACACAAAACAACCAACAUUUAAAGACUGCUCAGGAUAUCUCUGUAUGGAAUAUACAGGCGCUCUUUACUUCUCUGUGCAAUAGAGGACACUUGCAUACAUCUGAGCCAGACAGAUCACAAGAUUCAGAGGACAAUCAUCACUUCUCUGUUAAAGAAUCCAUCGAACCAGCCAGUGAAACACAAUCAGAAGUUAAACAACCACAAUCCAGCAAGUCACAGAGAACCCAUGAACUAGAUUUGAUGAAUCUUAAGGAUGUGACAGUGUCCUUCCUGUCACUUGACUCCCUGGCCAAACUACCUGUCAAAAGCAGAUACAGUCAUCUGUUUAACGCCAUCUACUGUUCAGCCAGCAUGGUGCACCAUUUAGAUUCCUCCUUGAUGCAAAUAGCUGCACCGGAUGCUCUCCUAAUGGUGGAGCUUGGAAAGUACCUGUUGGAUUUGUCUAAGGAGCAGGAGGCCAAUUUUGCAGCCAGAGUUGUGGAGAUUGCUAGAGAAGCAGGAUUCAAACCUGCUUAUGACCAGGACAAAGAUGCAUAUGCUGUCUUCACAUUGCAAACAGAAUGAUACUCAUCACACACUUCUUCACACAUACACAGAACACACAAACCCAUACAGUAUUAGCAGUCUAUAUGCACAGGCUAUGGAAAAAAAACCCAGACCUUAAUACACAACUGUUGCACUGUAUGAAAUAUUUUGGUGAGUUACAGUUAUACCCAUGCAUCCUCCUCCAGAUUUAGAAUUGCCCCAACAAUGGAUUCAGACAUUUAAGCUAUGUAUGUAUUCAAGGCAGGCACUCAGGUGGCACAGAGAUUAUUUAUGCUGGCUCACUAUCGCUGGGAUCCAGGGUUCGAAUCCCCAGUGGUGCUAUUGGUCGAUCAUGGAUAUACAUGGCACGUGAGGUUGAGGCCCCGCAAUAGACUGGCAUCCUGUUUGCGGUGUGUCAGUGCAUUGUGCACAAAUUUUAUUCUUUAAUCUGUACACAUGGAUAAAUGACAUGGGAAAGGCCUUAUAUUUAUAUUCCAGUGAAAACAGGAAUGACUGUUGGAUAAACUUAAAAAAGGGAACCGUACAGUAAAAAAAAUAAAUGUAACCACUUUUGUUUACAAA